AUGACUGGUAUAUCAUGGGAACUGAAAGGCGAAGCCAAACGCCAGUCAAUUUUAAAUGCCAUCCCCGAGAAAUGGCGACUGAACUCUUCCGUGCCUCCAGCUACAGAGCAACGUGAUGUCACGGGAGAUUAUAUUCGGCAAUACCUCACCAAGCAUGAGAUUGAGAUCACAGAGACAGAUGCCGUAGGCAUCGUAGAGCAGACAUCUACAGGCCGCUGGUCGGCCGUUGAAGUGACAGAAGCCUUCUGUCACCGGGCCGCACUAGCCCACCAGCUCGUCAGCUGUCUGCACGAAGUAUUCUUCGAAGCAGCACUCAAAGAUGCAAAAGAGCAAGACGAAUACUUCGCAAAACACAAAACCCCAAUAGGACCCCUCCACGGCUUACCAGUGAGCCUGAAAGACCAGUUCCACGUCAAAGGCGUCGAAACAACAAUGGGAUACGUAGGCUGGAUAAAUACCUUCCAAGGCCAACAGAACGACCCGCGGACCGGCACAGAAGAAAGCGAACUCGUCCGCGAACUACGCAAUCUCGGCGCAGUGCUAUACUGCAAGACCAGCGUUCCAGCCACGCUCAUGGCUGGUGAAACCGUCAACCACAUCAUCGGUUACACCUGGAACCCCAAGAACCGUCUGCUGUCGUGCGGCGGCAGCUCUGGCGGCGAAGGAGCCCUGAUGGCGCUCCGCGGCUCGCCUGCUGGCUUUGGCACUGAUAUCGGAGGCAGUGUGCGCAUCCCUGCUGGGUUCAAUUUCCUCUAUGGGCUUCGUCCUUCGGCCGGAAGAAUUCCUUACCAGGGCGCUGCGAACUCGAUGGAUGGCCAGGGCACUAUAUUGUCUGUUAUUGGGCCCAUUGCGCCAACGGCGAGGUCUUUGACGCUCUUGUUCAAGGCUGUUCUUGGUCAGAAACCUUGGUUGUAUGAUCCGCUUGCGUUGGAAUUGCCGUGGCGGGAUGAGGUUGUUCAGGAGACUAGGGCUUUGAUUGAGAAGGCUCGGGGUGGGGGGUCGACGCUUGCAUUCGGUAUUAUGAAAUAUGAUGGUGUGGCUCUUGUUCAUCCGCCGAUUGCGCGAGGACUUCGGAUCGUUGAGAAAACGCUUCAGCGAUUGGGCCAUCGGGUCGUUGAGUGGAAGCCUCCUUCUCAUGCUACUGCGGCUGCACUAGUUAGUAAAGUAUUCAAGAUGGACGGCGGUGCAGACUCGAGACAUCAUUUCGGUCUAUCUGGGGAAUCCGCAGCACCGCAAAUAAUCAGUACCGACAAUGGUGUUGAGAUGACAGCGUCUCAGAUUGCUGCACUCAAUGUUGAAAAGCGUCAGUAUCAGAAACAAUACAUCAACUAUUGGCAUAGCACCGCUGAGUUGACAGGCACCGGGCGCCCUGUUGAUGGGCUCUUUUGUCCAUUAGCGCCUCAUGCUGCUGUCAUUCCCAACGAAUACAAGUUUGUGGGAUAUACUGGAUUUGUGAAUCUGCUUGACUAUACUAGUCUUGCAAUUCCGGUCACAUUUGCGGAUAAAAAGGUCGAUGUGCGAUCGGCUGAUAGUUCUGUAGAUGAUUCCGAGCACAUUCAGUGGGAUUAUGAUGCCGAAACCUAUGAUGGAGCCCCUGUGGGAGUGCAGUUCGUAGGCAGGAGGUUGCAGGAAGAGAAGAUGCUGACUCUAGCUGAGUAUCUGGGCGAAGAGAUUGCCCGAGAUGCGAAGGAGAGGAUCUAA